GUCCGAUAGCAAUGCAAUGAAUCCCCUUCCGCCCUCUCGCCGCCCGUCUCUGGCCCCAUCGGCUGGCUCACGCUCCUUCCAUCGCAGAGUCUCGGCUCUCUCUCUCGCANNAGCUGAACAAGGAGACACGACGAACGUCAAUCCCGAAGACCAGGUCGUCGCAGACGAGAUUGAUGAGAUCAAGCGCUAUGAAGAUUUUACAACCAUAGACUGGGUCAGAGAUGCUGCUAGGGAACAGCAACGCCGCAAGGCCAAGCGACAAGAGCGAGCUAAAUUGGGUCAUCUGGAUUGGAGAAGGAGGCUAUGGGAGGCAUAUGAUGCUGGUCAGGCAUGGCUUGUCGUCACGCUGAUUGGCACUGCCAUUGGUCUGAAUGCUGCCUUUUUGAACAUAAUCACCGAAUGGCUGUCCGAUAUCAAGCUGGGUCAUUGUACAACUGCNUUUUACUUGAACGAGAGCUUCUGCUGCUGGGGUGCCGAGGAAGGCUGCGCAGAAUGGCGGCCUUGGAGUUCUCAUGUCAUCUUCCGCUAUCUAAUAUACAUCCUCUUCUCCGUAAGCUCUGUUCCUCGCUCAAUUCUCUGCCAUAAUCUGAUCGUGUACAAANNGACCAUCUUUGCCUUCACCUCAGCCCGACUUGUAAAGUCUUAUGCUCCUUACGCUGCCGGCUCUGGAAUUUCCGAGAUCAAAUGCAUCAUUGCAGGCUUCGUCAUGAAAGGCUUUCUCGGCUUCUGGACACUACUCAUCAAGUCCAUCGGCCUUCCUCUUGCUAUCGCUUCUGGUUUGUCGGUUGGAAAGGAGGGGCCCAGUGUCCACUACGCCGUGUGCACAGGUAAUGUCAUCUCUCGCUUCUUCGACAAGUAUCGCCGAAAUGCUGCAAAGACUCGAGAAAUCCUCAGUGCAUGCGCUGCUGCUGGUGUAGCCGUGGCUUUCGGAAGCCCUAUUGGAGGUGUUUUGUUUUCUCUCGAGACGUUAUGGAGGAGUUACUUUUGUGCUCUAGUAGCAACAGCAGUAUUAUCCUGUCAAGGCUCACCGUCUCAGGCCAUGAAUCCCUUCCGUACAGGACAGCUCGUCAUGUUCACCGUGAGCUACGAUCGACAGUGGCAUUUCUUCGAAAUUUUCUUCUACAUCAUCCUUGGCAUAUUCGGUGGUCUAUAUGGUGCCUUUGUCAUCAAAUGGAACCUUCGAAUGCAAGCCUUCCGAAAGCGUUACCUCGGUCAAUAUCCUAUCCUCGAAGCAACCAUACUCGCUACAGCAACAGCCAUUCUGUGCUACCCGAACAAAUUCUUGCGAAUCGACAUGACAGAGAGUAUGGAAAUUCUCUUUCUCGAAUGUGAAGGAGGUCAUGACUAUGAUGGCUUGUGCGAUCGUCAAAAUCGCUGGACAUCAGUCCUCUCUCUUCUCAUAGCCACAGUUCUGCGCACUUUCCUCGUCAUCAUAUCCUACGGAUGCAAGGUACCUGCUGGUAUCUUCGUACCUUCCAUGGCUAUUGGUGCAUCCUUCGGUCGCAUGGUGGGUAUCUUGGUCCAAGCGAUCCAACAAGCAUUCCCCAACUCUGCGUUCUUCUCAGCUUGUCAGCCCGAUAUGCCUUGUAUCACGCCGGGCACGUAUGCNUUUUUGGGAGCUGCGGCUGCAUUGUCCGGCAUCAUGCACAUCACCGUGUCUGUUGUCGUCAUCAUGUUCGAAUUAACCGGAGCACUUACUUACAUCCUACCAACCAUGGUAUGUCACAGACAAUCAUAUAUGCGAUGCUAUCAUGCUGACUCCUUGUCUAGNAUUGUUGUUGGUGUGACGAAAGCAGUUAGCGACCGCUUUGGAAAAGGCGGUAUCGCAGACCGUAUGAUUUGGUUCAACGGUAUGCCAUUCCUGGAUAACAAAGAGGACCACGCUUUUGGCGUACCUGUUUCCACAGCCAUGAUCAGCGAACUAAGAGCAUUACCCGUGUCUGGACUGGAAGUUCGGGAUCUCGAAAAACUCCUAGACGACACGCAUUAUUCUGGCUAUCCGAUCGUCGAAGAUGCAACCUCAAUGAUGCUGGUCGGAUAUGUCGGCCGUACUGAGCUCCGCUAUGCCCUCGACCGAGCCAGACGUGACCAAAUGGCAACACCACGCACGAAAUGUUUCUUUACACCGGUCGCAGGGCAUGUACCGAUUACGCCAUCGACACCGAAUCCAGCAGUUCAUUUUGACUAUCUAAGCGCGACAUCAAACCAGUCGAGUGUGGACUUGAGCAAGUUCAUUGAUGCAACCCCCAUCACAGUUCAUCCUCGUCUUCCUCUGGAGACGGUUAUGGAGCUGUUCAAGAAACUCGGACCGCGAGUCAUUCUCGUCGAGUACCGUGGUAGACUUACUGGUCUUAUUACCGUCAAAGAUUGCUUGAAAUAUCAAUUCCAGGCUGAAGCACACGAGAAUCCCAGAGAUGAUUCUGCUCUAAGAGAAGCACAGGAUCGAUUGUGGGAGGUCAUUAGGAAGACCGCUGGUUGGAUAAACAGCCGGUUGUCGUUCUUGAAGCGACAAAGUCGUCAUGUCCGACUACCCUCCAACUCUGAUGUAUGUAUCACGCCGACGAGCAAUACAACAGCAGAGGGUCGAGCAGCGACAAGAGACGGCGACCUAGAAUUAGAGCACAGAGCA